GAGCUAUGAUUGUCAUAUUUUUAUGCAAAGAUUGCUACCGAUUGCAUUUAAAGAUCUUUUGUCGAAACCAAUUUGGGAAGCUUUAAUUGAACUUAGCCACUUCUUUAGGGAUAUAUGUUCUACCGUGUUGAGGGUGAAAGAUAUGGAGCAAUUGGAACAAAAUAUUGUUGUGAUAUUAUGCAAGCUUGAAAAGAUAUUUCCACCGGGAUUUUUUGAUUCAAUAGAACAUUUAUCUAUUCAUCUAGCAUAUAAAGCAAAGGUUGGAGGUCGUGUUCAGUAUUGUUGGAUGCAUCCUUUUGAAAGGUUCCUACACCACUUAAAAAAGAAGGUGAAAAAUCGGGCUCAUGUUGAGGCAUCUAUUGUAGAGGCAUACCUAGUAGAAGAAACUUCUACUUUUUGCUCUUUAUAUUUUGAUCAACAUGUUGAAACAAGGUUGAACCGUGUGUUGAUAAAUGAUGAUGGAGGUUUUGUCAAUCCUAAAGGACGACUAUCGAUUUUUACUCACUCUGGAUGAUCCUUUGGCAUUCAACAUCAUAAUGUCAGAUUAAUGACAAUUGAGGAAUUCAGAGUAGCUUCAAUAUAUGUGCUCUUGAAUUGCGAGGAAGUAACCCCUUUUGUGGCGGAGUUUGAUAAACAUAUGAGAAUAUUGUAUCCCCAAAUUUCUAAUGCACAAUUUGAUGGUUUACGCGAGGAACAUUUUUCAAGUUGGUUGAGGGAAUAUGUUUUGGACGAUCAUAAGGCAGUUGAUAAUUGCAUUAAGGCUUUGGCUAUGGGUCCUUCUCGUACAAUGGUACAUUAUAACGGAUACUUUGUCAAUUGUUUUAAGUUUCACACUUUAGACUAUGGUUCCAACAAAGCAACAAUGAACAGUGGUGUGUGUGUAGUGGGAAGUUGUCAUACUGAUUAUGAGCGCGACUACUAUGGGAGGUUAAUUGAAAUAUUGGAACUGGAAUAUUUAGGGGAUUUUGGAAGCAAGGUUAUUUUAUUCAAGUGUGAUUGGUUUGACACCAAUGGUGGGGUUAGAGUCCAUCGAAGAUUCAAUCUUGUCGAGCUUAAUCACAAGAAGAAACUAUAGACAAAUGAUGUGUUUAUACCUGCUCAACAAGCUCACAAGUAUAUUAUACAUGUUUUCCUACAAAAGCUAGAGAUAGAGCUGAUUGGUGGGCGGUUGUGAAAAUAAAAGCAAGAAAUGUUCCCAAUAGACAAGGAAUCAUAUUGGAGAAUGAAGAGUAUAAUGUGUGGGUGGAACUUGCAUUCCAAGAGGAUCAACCAUCAUCUACCCAGCAACCUGUUCAAAUAACAUCAGAGUUCGAUUACCAAAAUUUAGCUUGUGACGAUGGUGGGGCUGAAGAAGUUGUCUGGGCUGACUCUAGGAUGUCCAAUGUAGAAGUAGAAGAAAGUCCUGAUGUAGAAGAAAAUGU